UCAUCUGACAGGUGGACGAAAUUAGUUUGGACAAAACAUCGAAACCGCUUCAUUCUUUCAUGUCUGAAAUUUAUGUAAAGUGCUCGUUCCGUGACGAACAUACUGACUCGGAUUAACCCAACCCUCCGCGGAUUGAAAGAUAACGAAGGCCAGCAAUUUAAUAUGGCGUUGAGUUAUCACUUGUUGUUUAAAAUCCUCCUCGUUGGCGAUCCCGACGUCGGCAAAUGUGCCAUCUUUCAUCCACCUGCAGGCGAUGCCUCAGGUUUGUCGGCUAUGGGAGUGAAUUUUCUCAAAAGACAGUUAGAAAUCGAUGGGAAGCGAGUAAAAUUACAGAUAUGGAAUAUUGCAGGACAGGAAAGUACCCAGGCCAUCACCCCCAGCUACUAUCACGGUACCCAAGGUUUCAUCGUUGCUUUUGACGUCACCGAUAAGAGUUCCUAUGACAACAUCCUGGAGUGGCUUCUUAUCAUUGAAGAACACGCCAGCGAACGAGGCUCUCAAAAGAUGUUGGUCGCUAAUAAGUGCCAUUGUCAGGAGAGAAACCGCGUCAUUACAGAAAAAGAAGGCGAGGCUUUCGCCAGAGAGUUUGGUAUGAGAUAUGUGGAAAUCAACGAUCUGCAAAGCUCAGAGAUUGACGAAGCUCUAAAGCAGUUAAUUCAAGACAUCUUGAACAACAACGGCGCUCAAGAAAAAGUUGAGGAUGGUCGCAAAACGAACAUUUGUGAGUUAGACACUGGAUAUAACAGCACCAGAACUGGAGGAGAGAAAGAAUCACUUUUAGGGAAGAGAUUCUAAUCUCUUUCUUCCAAUAAGUCUUCCGAAAACUUGUUGGUAUAAAAGAAGCCUUCCGAAAAUAGGAGAUUUAAAAAAAAAAUAUGGAAGUAUUUAGCCUUUAGGAAUCUUCGACAGUUUUUCCAUCAGAUUUUGCGAGCAACGUUUUGUAGAAAACGAGAUUUUAAUACCUUAUUUUCCGAGAAGAUAUGUUUGCUAAUUAGGACUUUGUACAUCUUUUAACCUCCCAUCCCCUUCAGACAUAAGCUUGGCAGUCAAGUACGAGAGAGUUGAAGCCGCGCGCAGGAACGUGUGAACGUGUAGACGCGCAAGGAAGGUGUCUCCUCGCUUGCCUUAUUCAAUUAGCCAAUUCGUCAGAGCAUGAGGAUAGAAUGAGAAUGUUUACGAUUUUUGAAGUUUUAGUUGAAUUAAUAUAUAUAUGAAAUAACGUCGACGAGGGGAAUAUAGGCAUUCCCACUAGCUACCAAGGUUGGAAUCUUAGAAAACAACCGGUUUUUGUAGCCAACGUUCAUCUUGGACAUGUUUGCUGUACCAUGUUCCUUGUUGUAAAUAAAGUAAAC